AUGGCCGCCUUCAAGGCUGCACAGCCAGCUUCGCGGCUCCCGGACUUCGCCUACUGGUCAGCUUCGAUGCAGCAGGUCAAGCUUUUCGAGCCGGAGCGUGAAGCAGAGAUGGCACUCCACUACUUGGAGAGCAUUGAGGGCUUGCAACUGCUGCUGCAGCUCUUCCGCGUCCUUCUCAAAAACACAAUCCAGGAUCUCAGCGCCCAAGUUGUCCCGAGAGCGACAGAGACGACUUGCCCACCAUACUUGCGGAUGCUGCGCGACCGGGUUCUUUCGGCAACGACGAGCGCCUUCAGCUGGAGAGGCAGCCAGAGCAGUCAGGGAAAUGGAGGUGCUCACCAGUUGGAUGGCGCCGAAGUGGAUGCCGAGGAGGCUCUGGUCGGCGAGUCGGCGGAAUUUCCGGGCGAGGAGCAGCUGCAGACCAUCUUGGCUACGCUGGAGGUCUUUGAGUCCUCGAUUCGCCUUGCCUCGUCUCUUCGAGCGAAGCUUGGUCAAGAUGCCGAGGCCUUGCUGGAAGAGCUGCUCACCGAGGGCGAGGUUGACAUCACACUCCCUGAGCAGCGGAAAGCAGUGGAGAGGCUUUUUGCGCGAAGCCGCAUCCUCGAAAGAGACCAGGACGAAGAUGAGGACGACGAUGAGACGGAGUUGCUGGGCGUGGUCGGCAGCCUGCCUUUGGCGAAGGAGUUCGUGCUGCAGCUGCAACCUACAAGCUCCAGAGAGGGAAGCUACCGUCCAAGGCGGCUGUAUGCAGAGGUUCGGGAGAACCACGUGCGCCUGGCAAUGGUGCGAGGGCUCUCCUACGGGACCUGCCACCAGCAGCGCGUGGUAGCUGUGCAACAGAAAGGAAGGGGUGCCCUGGUUGCUAAGCACCAGGAGGCUCCCAAAACGAAGGAGCCGGAGCCGGAGCAGCAGGAGGGCACAGCCCCCAAGAACGAGGGCGAAGACGAGAAGGAGAAGAAGAGCAAGAAGGAGAAGAAGAAGAGCAAGGAGAAGCGGAAGACCGGCUCCUCAGGCCAUGCCAAGGCAGCCGAAGAUCCAGCGGCCACGAAGCAGGCUGGUGCGGACGAGGAGAAGAAGCGCACGACCAAGGCGGAGGGAUCAGAUUCGAAGAAGCGGAAGACUGGCCAUGCCAAAGCGUUCGAUGCAGAGGCAGAGGCCGUUGCAGAUCAAUCCGACUCCUCCGGCCAGGAUGAGGCCAUCAUCGAUGAGUUGCUCCCCCAGGGCGGGGGCCAGCUCCAGGAGAAAGAUCCGAACGCGCUCGUGGGGCUGGAUGAGUCUGAGAUGGACGACAUCAAGGAGGUCAGCUUGCUGGUAGAACCCACUGUUCUGGCGCAAGUGCCCAUUGUCGGAUUGGAGGACUACUCACCUGAAGUUGUCGCCGUCGUGCCCCUCCAAGGGGAUCAGGCGGACUAUCUGCACAGCAAGAUGGGCCGCUACGAGGGGCCGAGCUGGGCGACAGCCCUGGCCUGCGUCGCCGACGCGAGGAUCGACGUUCCCAGCUUCCAGGAGGCGACCGUUGAAGCUGCCAGCCCUACAGCGCGUAGGCGUGCCGAGCUUCUCAUCAACAAGCUCCUGCAAGCCAAGGAAACAGGAGGCAUCGUAGUGGAUGCAACCCGGCGUCACAGCUUCAUGACUCUCCUGAAAUGGGAGCCGCAGCCCACGGACAGGGACAUGCUGAAGCAGCUUGCAGCCACCGUAGGUGGUUAUGAGGUCGUGGUGCUUCCAGCUCGAGUUCAGUCUGACGAGGAGGCGGCGCUGGUGACUGUUGGAGCGCUUGUGGAGGUGAAGGCAGACAACCGGAGCGACUGGGUUCCUGGCAACAUCACGAAGGAGCCGGGUGAAGGCUUCAGCCGCUGCUGGGCACUCCCAGUAGGGCAAGCACACCCGGUGGAGGUUGAAGUGGCCAACAUCCGGCCGGGCUUCGACAUGCUGGCGAUCUUGGGCGAGAAGUUGAGUCGAGCUCGAGUCCAACUUGCCUUGAUGAGUCGUGUGUGGCAGGAGAAGUGGGGCUUUGACUUCGGACAGCUUUCUGCCCUCGAACUGAGUCAAGAUGGCCAUGAGUGGGGGACUUACCGACACUACAUCAAGGAGGACCAGCACCCAGACUUCAUCCGCUCCCACACCCGUCUCAUUGAGAAGGUGAUCGCCCAAGCAAGCGGUACUGCUGUGGCUAUUCUUGAUCGGAUGGUAAUGAGCACUGGACUGCGAUGGGAGCGCAGCUGCGCCGCCGCCAUGUUGCAGGAUCUCCUGAAAGCUCACGCGAACAACUGCGAGAUUCCGUCUUUUGGCGAGGAGCGGCAGUGCAGUCUCCGGGUGCGUGUGGCUCGACAAACCAUCCCCCACGUGAUUCACCGGAGUUCCCGCCAUCCUCUGCCGCCUCUGCCCGAAGAGGAGGAGUUCCAGGUUCUCGUCAUACGCAGCAGAAGCCGGAGCAAGGAGUUGCAGAGGGACGCGCUCGUCUACCAAGCCGGGUUCCAGGUCGAAGUUCUCCACCAAGGAAGGUGGGUGGAGACAACUGUGGCCGAAAGGGAUCCGGAGCAGCAGGACACGUCGAUGGUCAAGGUCACCUGGCCCGAUGGCUCCUUCUCCGAGUAUGGAGCCGAUCAGGUCAGGUUCAUUCCAGUGGACGAAGUGCUGGUGAUCUACGCCGCCGAUCCGUGGAGGAGACAGUGCGCCGCCGUCCACUUCUUGGCGAGAGCGGGUAAUGCGGCGAGUGAUGGCGGAACGAAAGCCCUGCGGGACAUCUCCAGGCUGAAGAUUGUGAACCAGGAGCGUUGGCGGACCGAACUCCUGGAACAGGCCAAGGGGAGCGCGGACCUCCUCCAGAAGGUCACCAGGCGAAUUGCCCGAGCGUCCCAGUGUGGCGUUGAGGCGGUCCAUGACUGCGUGGUGCUGCACGGAGACCAGGAGGCGCGCAGCAGCGCCAAGCUUCUGCUGGAGUGGGCGAUUCGACAACGUGGGGAUCCCCUGGCUGAGUUGGUCAAGCCCACGGACGACAUCGGUAUGUUGGAAGUCACCGAGGCGGAAAUCAAGGCCCUGACAGCCGACAUCGUCGAGGAAGUCGAAAAGGAGGCGAAGGUCUACGUCUUCGUCAGAGAUGACGUAAGCCAGCAGCAGUACAAGUACGGCGAGAAGAUUGAGUUUCUGUGGGUCCAGAAGGGUCAGCCGGAAGAAAGUGGCAAAUGGAGCGAUGGCUUGUUCGUCCGGAAAUGCAUCGGUGAGGGCAACGAAGUCAAAGUCCGAUACGAGCACCAGCAGAAGAACUGGGAGGAGGUUGUGCCGCUCAAGCACGUGAGGCCCGAGCAGGGCAAGCGGCUGAAGCCUGCCAUUUGCAUCUACAGCCGCCUGACCGGUAGCGUUCGCAGCGGCCUGCUGCUUGCGCAGCGCACUCUUCAGGCCCGGCUGAGAGAUGCAGUGGGGCGUGCAUCAACUGGUCAGGCAUGGUAUCGUGACAAGGGAAUGCGCGGUGGCAAAGGCAAAGGUAAGCCACCAAGACAAGCGCCGCAGCAAAGCAACUGGGGCGACUGGAAGAAGAAGGAUGAUUGGAAUCAAAGAAAUGAUUGGAGGUCGAGCAACAAGCAAGACUGGAAUCAGCGAGAUAAUUGGCAGAAGAAGGAGUGGAAGCAAGACCAGUGGAACAAAAAGGAUGACUGGGAGCAGAAGGGUUCUUGGAACCAGAACGAUUCCUGGAAAGCGGAUUCCUGGAAAAACGACCAGAAGGAGUGGAAAGACCAGUCGAACUCCAAUUGGUCCCACCACGACCCAGGUACCGACCGAAGGGAUGGCUGGAGCCAGAGCACCAGCAGCUCCCAGCCCGUCUACGCUUCCGGCGGCAACAGUGUCAAUGCAGGUGCCCCUGGUUUCCAGCAGCAGCCGCAGCAGCCGCAGGUUCAGCUUGCCCUGAUGCCGAAGUCCGACGCGCAAGUGUCCCGGACUUACUUUCGAGAUUGCUUGCUGCCCGUUGACGUCAACAAAGUGCAGCCAGGUAGACCUAUGCUACAUGGGUAG